AUUACUCUUCUGGCUAGAAUUUUUCCCACGACUUCCUCCAAACGAAACGCUACUUUGACUCCUGCUGAAUUUUGGUCCGACAGCCAUAUUGACGAUCAUGAUGGCUUCUAUGAGCAAUGCAUAUUGUCCGAGUCUCGAACAGUCGUUAGUGAACCAUCUCUUGACUACGGCGUUGUGGUACAGAACUUGAUGCGUGCUCCUUCAUGGUGUGAAGUAAAGGAGGAUAACAGCAAUGAAGAGGGCGAAGAUGAAGUUGUUGUGCUGAUUGGUCAGAAUGAUGGCGUUCUUUGUCAGAACGAAAAGGCGGCAAUACGAGAAUCUCCUUUUAUUACCAAGGAAAGUGAUGAUAAAAAAACCACUGAGUUCUUCUCUAUGGACGCCAGGCCAGCACAGCACGAAUCCGAUGCAGGUCGAGACACAAUUCAGCUCAAAAGAUCACUAUCUAACAUUGAUGAAUUUAGGCAAUCGCUUCAACUUCAAAAUGACGCAGAGCAGGAGGAAGAAAAAAGACGAAAUGAUGAUUCAGACUGGGGCAUACAAGCAGAAGAAGAACUCCCUUCGGAUCUUAACUCUUUGAUAGCAUGGGCUCAGUCGAGCUACACUCCUGCACUGUCUCAGACUGGUGGCGACGUUGCUGCUGCCUGCAAUGGGCCGUCUGAUGCAAGUUCAUCAUCAUCCAGAUCUGAAGAUCCAGCCUCACAAAUGACUCACCGUAAACCUCUCAACUCUCCAGACUUAGGCAGACUUGAAGAACCAGUCGGGGCUGGUGAUAAGCAUAACACUGCUGCCGGUACCAACUCUGAGCUUACGCUGCCUGGUGUCCUUUUGUCAAGCUCACCUGAACGCCUCGCCUUUCUCCUUCGACUCCUUGAUAUGGCUUCCCUGCCCGCCGUGAACAGCUGGCGCCUUCGCGACGCUGUACUCGACGUGCUUGCCUGCACACCGGCCUGCCGACACUUGCUGGUCAGCUUAGGCUCUGAGAUAAUAGGGACGGAUUGCAACGACCUUUCUAGGCCAUGCAAUGCAGCAAUAGAGAUCGGUCAAUCUGAGCCAAGCAGCUUACGAGGAGAGGAGCAGGAAGACAAGGGGGAUAUUAAUCAGGAAACUUGUUAG